GCAGCCUCUGUUUUAUUUCUGUCUCGGUGUCCGUCUGCACCGGGGCCAACCAAGACGCAAUCGUGCAGUUUUCGCGUCAAACCAACAGUUCGAUUUUGUCCCGCGUUCCAUCUGCACCGAUUCUCCGUGUCCUGAGACAUGGAGGACAGUUACACAGUACACAGGCGGCGCAAAGCCGCGGCCAGAAGGCGCGAAAAGACACCGGACCCUUCCUCGAGGAACCAACGAUUGGUGGAAACUUCCGACGACGAGGAAGAGGCGAGACGCGCCAGGAUGGAGCAGAUGGCGGAGGAUGCUGAGCGAACCGAGUUGGAGGAUCGGGAGAAGAGAAGCAAGGAGGAAGAUUUGCAACUGAAGGUCGAGGAAAGAAAGAAGAAGAGUCCAAGCAAGGUCAAGGACGCUGAUGGUAGAAAGGCGAGCGAAGAGAAGAAGAGUUCUGCUUCUCCUCAGAAAGAAUCGCAAGCACGUGAGAAUGACGCUAAAGAUGAGACCACUGCGCAGUCGGUAUGGAAGGAAUUGGCUAGCCAAGUGGAUAACGGAAGUCCAGUGAAGGAAACGGCCAAGAGUGAAGAAGUUGUUACGAAGUAUCAGGAUGCUAUACCGAGCUCAAAGGAUAUUGAUGGUGAUAUAGAUCAACCGAUUGAACCGAGGAAAGUGGAAAGACGUUUGAAGAAGAAGUCGAGGGAAAGAAUGGAGAGACACGGUCAGUCGACUGACUCUAGCGAUAUGGAGGAGAUAGACAGGCAUCCGAGAAGAACUAAAUCGCCGGAAACAGGGAAAUUUAGAAUAAAGAAGAGUUCCUCGAAGAAAAUUAGCAGCGGUGAUUCUGAAAUUGGAAUGAAAGAGGCGAUCGAGAAGCCUCCAAGGGAGAAGAAGUCCAGUAAACAGAAGCUUGAGGGAGAUGAUCAAGCGAAACCUGAAAGAGGACGUUCUAGAGUUCAUAGUCAAACUGACGAUACCGACGAAGAUCGUAAAAUGAAGAAAAGCGAAUCUUUCCCUCGGCAGACGGAAGAAGUCGCGAUGAAGAGAUCCUCCUCUGACAUAAAGAAGCAGAUAAUUCCUUUGAGUAACGACAGUCUAAUGAAAGAUUUCGCUAGGGCUCAGGAGGAAUACCUGAAGAGAGAGCAGAACAUCCUCGAUACCGAUAUUCCGGAUGUGUUCGAGGAUGCUCAAGAAGAAAAGUCGCUAAGGAGAAGAAAAUUCAGUACACCGCUCACAGAGAUGGAACAAGAAGCCAUCGAGAAAUCUAUCGAGAAGCUGAAAGAGUCUGAGAGAAGAAAAGGUUGGUUUUCUUGGCUGCCAUUCUUUGGCAAGAAAAAGGAAGACAAAGAAGACGAUGACCCAGAGAAGAAAGAAGACUACGAAGAACCAGAGAAAGUCAAACCACCAAAACAAAAAGAGGAACCAACAAAAGUUAAAACAGAAGACAAAUUCUUAGAAGUAAGACUGGGCCAACCGACGAAAGUCACUUUCAUGGACUUUUUAAGGGCAAUGAAAGACGUGGUUGCAGAGUUUAAGGCGUUCGUCGCGCAAAAUCCUCGAGAAGCACAGAUUGUAAGAGGAUUGAGAAAUCGUUGCUUGUCAGAAUUAAUGUUGGUGAUGAUCUACUGUGGUUUGGGCGCGUUCAUUUUCCGGUUCACCGAGGGUGCAUUCGAGACGUUCUACAAAUGCGGCGUGAAACGCGUGAAACGAGAUUUCUUAGAUAGUUUGUGGAACUACAGUCACAAUCUGAGGGAAGACGACUGGAAGAGCAUGGCUCGCCGGAAGUUAAUGGAGUUUGAGGAGCAGUUGCACACUGCUCACGAAGCGGGCGUUCAUACAUACAGCGGGCAAAGAAGUUGGAGCUUUCUCAACGCUGUCGUGUACUGUCUGACAGUAAUAACCACUAUCGGAUACGGACAUAUUUCACCUAGUACCACCACCGGAAGAGCCAUCACAAUAGUUUACGCUAUCUUCGGUAUCCCGAUGUUUCUGAUAAUAUUGGCCGAUUUUGGCAAAUUAUUCACGCGUGGUAUCAAGUUCCUCUGGGCGUUCGUCCGAAGGGUGUAUUAUACAGGAAGUUGUCGCAAGGUUCGUCGAACCGUGCCUGUUCAGGAAGUGAUGAAAGGCGUGCAAUUAGUUUACGACCUAGCAACGUUUAAGAGGCCCUCGCAGAUUAAUCCAGAGGAUAUCGAAGAAAUACAAAAGCAGGCUCCGCAAUCUCAAACGGUCCUCAACUUGGAUGGAAACGUGCCUGACACACCAGGAACACCGGCGAUGUCCGCGUUCGCCAUCGACGACGAAUUUAAUCUACCAAUCUCUGUUGCCAUCUUCAUUCUACUCGGUUACAUUUUCAUAGGCGCCACAUUGUUCUGUUUAUCGGAAGGAUGGGGCUUCUUCGAGAGCUUCUACUUCGUUUUCAUCUCCAUGAGCACUAUCGGCUUCGGCGAUUACGUGCCAAAGACGCAUCCCAUAUACAUGAUGUGUUCGAUAAUAUACCUGGUGUUCGGCCUGGCCCUCACGUCUAUGUGCAUCAACGUCGUACAGGUGAUGCUAUCAGACUCAUUCAAACAGGCGAGUCAGAAGAUUGGAGCGACGAUUGGCUUCGAGAUUGCGGAAGAGGAUCAAUCAGUGAAUCCAGCGGUUCCUCCGCCGGUCGAAGUCGCUGACGUUCACGCUACCAUCAAGGAGUCCGACAGUGGUGAAAAGAUUGCACCAAAGGCCAAGCAAGAAGACGUCGAUUUAUAAAUAAGAACUUUCUACCAAAAGCCAAAAAAAUCAAAAGGAACAAAAAAGAAAAAAAAAAGAAAUAGUCGAGUUAACCGAUUGAUCGCUGCGUUCGCACAUCGAGCACCGAUAACACGCGCGUUUUCGCCUUUAAAACAAUAAGUCUUGUUCGUCCGGUCGCUUAAACAGGCAACGACGAGUCUCAAUUCGACUCGAUUCAGUUACCAGUCGAGGUCGAGGAGAAACGAAAUCGAUAAAAAAUACACGCAUACGAUAAUUUACUUUGAAAUUGGUGCUUCAAUUUUCGACGAUCGUUCACGACCAUCGUCCCGAUCGAUCAUGGUACCUUGGACAGGAUGUACAGUGACGUGAACAAAUUUACUACCAGACUGAAUUUUUAACUUCGUAUUUGAACAGCGAUAUCCGAAAGAACUUCAAGUAGUAUCGGGAUACGCAAACACCGUAUAGUUUAUCCAUGAUAUUAUCUGAAACUCUUUAAAAUAUCGUUUUUGAAAUAUAAGGUGGGAAAUAUAUUUGGCCGGAAAACUUUGCACGCCACUGUAGAUCGCGUUUCUGGUCGCCGUAGAAACGGCUAAUCGAAACUUUCAUGCUCCGUAUGGGACACACAGGAAUGCUAAACGAGCCACUUAUUUCGCAAAUCGGUUUAGUCGAUGAAACAAAUCACAGAGAAAAUUGGUGAAAUUAUAUAAAAAAUAAUAUAUAUAUUAUUAUAUAUAAAAUAAGGAUCGAUCGAAUGUUUUGGCGCAAAAAAUUUCAAAAAAUUCUCAAAAUCGAGCUAAUCACUUUCAGGUCACUUUGAUCGAACGGCUCAAGUCAUAGGAUCUACCAGUUACUAAGACUCUCGCUGGCUGCACCGUAGUCGCCACAGAAAACGCACCUGAUUACGAAUUCCUUCGUGUCUGGUAGGAAGCCAACCUUGGAGCGUAUUCUGAGAGCGAACGUUACGCUGACAACGCGAUUAGAAUGUGAUCGAUUUAGACAUGGAUAGAGAAGCGUGGAAUAUUCUUCCAUUCUUUUAGCGAGGAAUGAUUGAAAUUCGGCAUCUUAAAAUUAACAAGUUCCGUGCCAUAUGGUUCAUUCGACGACGAAACGAUUCUUAUGACAGAAAGUAGAAUUUUUAUCAGAGAUUUAACAGUAUUCUUUUCGUCUUUCAAAGUGUCAGAGAUUCAGAGAAAUCGCUACUUCUAUGACUCGUUACUCUAAACCAAUUUUUGACUAUGCUUUAAAAUUAAUGUGUGAAGUAAAAAAAAAAGAAGAAAAAUAAGAAAUAAAAAUGGAAAUGAUUAAAAUACACGAUAAAAUUCUUUUAAGGAAUAGAAGUUACUUCAAACAUGGUUACAUUCUGAUGAAUUCAUUUUGAUCAAUGAAAAAUAUAAGAAUCUCGAGGAAUUAAUUAAAGAAAUCUUAUAUCGGUAAGGCAGAAAAUAUGAACGUUACCAUCAUCGAUACGAAUUACAGAUGAUAUCGAGGACUGAUUCACGUGACCAAUUCUAGAAAGUGAUAAGGAUAUCUUGUAAUUUGUGACGAUUUAAACGGUUAGGAUUCUAGUUUCCGUAGAUACGAAAUUACAAUAAAGAGAAGCUUAUUUGCAAUAAAGAAAAAUAUUUGAUUACAAAGAAUCGCCGCUUAUUUUCUACGCGUAACUAAAUAUUCUACGAUAAAUUCUCUUUACUUUAAAGCUUUACCGACACUUUCAAUUUUCACCCGGCACGGAACGUGUUAAUAUUUUCCAGAACUAUGAGCGUUCAACCUUAAAUUUUCAAUUUACAAUCAAAGUUCGCAGAAAAUUUAAAAUGUAUCUGGUGCGGCUCGUGUCAGCUGUCGAACGUUAUUUUUACCGAGCGAACGACACUGCACGCGAGCGCGAACUAAUCAAUCCGCAUAACAUAAAAAAAGAAAAUCUUAUCGUUCCUCGCGAUAUAAACGGCUGAUUGUCACAAGCGUAAUGUAAGAAGGAGGAUAUCCGGUUGUUUUUAGUUCGAUGAUAAGAAAAGACGUAUAGUAAUUCUGCGAUUGUUCGCAGACCAGACACAGCAGUUGCGAUUUAUUUGUCGUAGUCUAUUGUCGACAAUAAAUACAACCCUGUACUUUGUAUAUUUUGUAGAUUUGUCGUGUUGCUAUCUUCUUUUUUCUUUUUUAAGUUGUUUUUAUAUUACGUACAUACGAGUAUAAUGAAGCUUUUGGACAGAGACGCCUGUACCGACUGAGUAGCUUUGAAACUUUCAGUCUCUGAGUUCUGUUCGAACGUUUCGUCCAUAUAAGGAAAAAAUGUGUGAUCUUAUUAUUUAAACAAUCCUCCAGUUGCAUUCGUAAAACAUUCAGUGAAGAGUGUGGAGAUGUAUAUUUUCAUUCGAUGUCAAUCUGAACAACGUUCUCCAAUCUAAAGUACAUUCGAUGAAUAUAAAAAUCAAUAACUACAUAAUAGAUACAUUUUAGUACAUUUUAGUUUUAUGAAACGUUAUAUUGAUACAUUGAGAUGUUAUAUCUAUAUUUAAACUUGUUUAAUUAUUCAAAUAUUAUUGUUGUAAUUACUUCACUUUUAAGCGUAUUCAAUAAUUGUACAUAAAACUAUAUUUAUUACUUUUUGUCCUUUUUAUGCACAGCUUUUAAUAGGAAUUUUCUACAAUAUUUGAUGGAUAUAUAACGUAUUUAAAUGUAUUUAAUUAUUUCUUAUAAACAUUAUCAAAUAUGAAAAUUAUUUUACCAUGUUAUGUUAGAAAAGAAAGGAAAUUGCCAAUUGAUGAGUUUGUCGGUAAAACAGUGAUUCAUAGAACUUUUUUUCAACAAUGAAUGUUAAAAUUUUUAAUAUUUAUCACGUAAUAAAUCAAAAUGAUGCACUACUAAAAAAUCGAUUACAGAAUGGCGAACGAUGUUGUAGAAGGAGAGAAGAAGGUGUUUGACGAUCGAACUGGGGGAUUGAAAUAAAUUUUCGUCGCUGGAAGAGGAAAAAACUUGUGCCUUUUUAAGAAUGAACUGCGUUAGCUAUUUACAUUUUAUCAGAUACGAUAAGAAUUCCUGUAACGCGAUUAAAUUAUAGAAACAGAGAAAAAGAGAUAUAUAACGUAUAUACUCGUUGUUACUUGAGUGACAAAAAUAUACUUCCUUUUUCCAACGAUUGAAAAGGAAUAAAAGAUAUGACAGAUCGCUUAAUGUCUAUACCAUAUGUCUUUGCAAUUUUAUUACACGUUAUAAAUUCACGUAACAGAAAUAAAAAGAAACGAAAUAAGCGAGCAAAUUGAUUAUGGGUAACGAGUACUUGUUAUUAUUAAUAUGAUCAUAAUAAUGACAUCAUUGUGAACUUUAUUUACAAAUAAAUGUUUCAGAUAUUCGGA